UGCGGGCGUGAGUGCAUGUGCCAGGCUUGGUGCACACCCCGCACGGCGGCAGCGCCGGGGCACCGAGCGUUCCCCAGAGCCCCGCUACCUCACUCCGCUUCGGCGGCCGCGACAAUGUUCCAGCCCGCGGCUAAGCGGGGUUUCACCAUAGAGUCCUUGGUAGCCAAGGAUGGUGGCACCGGCGGGAGUCCUGGCAGCGGGGGCGCGGGCUCCCAUCCGCUGGCUGUAGCCGCCUCAGAGGAACCGCUCAGGCCCACGGCGCUCAACUACCCUCACCCCAGUGCGGCCGAGACGGCCUUCGUGAGUGGCUUCCCUGCCGCUGCAGCUGCGGGCGCCGGUCGCUCGCUCUAUGGAGGGCCGGAGCUGGUGUUCCCAGAGGCCAUGAACCACCCGGCUCUGACGGUGCACCCGGCACACCAGCUGGGCUCCUCCUCGCUGCAACCCCCUCACUCUUUCUUCAGCGCCCAGCAUCGGGACCCUCUCCACUUCUACCCCUGGGUGCUUCGGAAUCGCUUCUUUGGCCACCGCUUCCAGGAACCGCGUCUCGACGCGGAGAAGGAUCCGAGUGUGACCGCGCUUGCGAACUCGGAAGUCCAAUGGGUGCUGAUCAACCCCUUCCAACUCCGAAGUGCCACGGCCCCGCAGCCUGCAGAUCGGAUUCGCCGCCUCUUCCAGAUCCCACCGGGUCUCGGGGCUAAGAACCCAGCAGUCCCAGGCCCUCCGGCGCCGUGUUUUCUGGAGAACCGGGUCUCCGCGAUGCUCACUUCAGUCCCGUUUUGAUACAAGAAACGAAACCCUACAAGAACGAAAAGGAACCCGCGUACGCGUUCUGUGCGCAGCGCUCCCGGGCAACGCGAGCGGGUAGCGCCUGGAAGCCGCUUCUCCUCUAAGCAAAGAGGAAAAGCUGGGGUGCACGGUCCGGACCUCUGAACUGGGGGCCAAACGGGAAGAACCCGCGAAGAUUAAGCGAGGUUGGCGUCGUUUUGGUGAUAUUUCCCAGGGAUCAAGAACUUUCUGAAUUGGAAAGCUACGUCUGAAGGGGACUAAGGGAGACUCGGCCCUACCAACCCUGCUGUGGUUGUGGGCACUCGCUUCAAAGGCCGCCUUUGUUCAGUCAGGAGGAAGAGGAGAGGCUAUCUCAGCUUUGCUGUGGACCGCUCCAGGUUCUAGCUCCAAGCCAUUCCUCCCGGGCAUCAGGCUCCAAGUCUGUGGCUAAUGCGGCCUCUCCAUCUAGGAUUACAGCCCCAGCCCACGGUGCUUCGGAUUCUUGCUCCCGCUUUCCCUUUCCGCAGCCUGGUUCCUAGUAUCUCCGCUGCUAGCUCCCAGCCAUCGCCUUGCAGUGGCCUGGAGAGAGAGAAUGUGGGAAUUUUCACAUCCUAACUCCUAAUUCCAGGGAAGGAUGGGUUCAUGUUCCUUUCCUACGGGUGUCUAAAACUGACACCUUUUCUCACGGCCUGAAAUUACUUCGUCCAAACAGGCUGCACCCCAGCCUCAAGCUUGGUCUGUCCUGUGUGGCUCAGUCAGGAACUGGAGGUGGUAGGGAGAGGUGGACCCUUUCCCAUAGGUCAAAAAGAGAGGCGUCCAGUACAGACACCUCAUCACCCCUGUCCUUACAGUAACAUGUAGCCACUGAUCAAUAUCGUCGGAUGUUUGGUUUUGCACUAAACACCAUCUUUCUCACUGGAAAAGGCUUUGGUGUUCUUUUAAUUAAAUAACU